CAGAGGAACGAGCUGGACUGAUGGAGAACCUACCCACCCAUGGGUCCACGUGGGUCGUAGUCAGCACUCCUAAGCCAAGCUGUUCCAGCUUGGCUUACACCGCCGGUCAAUAUUUCAUCCCAUCUCUUAUAUCAACUAAGCAUGAAUGGGAACCAUAGUAACGUGCCGUCAUGUUCGUAGAGGUUCCCGUUGUUGUCGCUUUACUUGUGCUUACUACCUUAUAUUUCCUUAUCACGAGAAAACAGGAUCAAAACUCCCCUCCAGGCCCCUUCAGUUACCCUCUGCUCGGAAACUUUCCGCAGUUAGGGCCUGUGCUGCACCUUUCCUUGACAGAUCUUGGCAAAGAUUUCAAUGGUUUGUAUCGACUUCAUUUGAUGGGCAAAAAGAUCAACGUCAUCAACAGAGGUAAAACUGCAAAAGACGUUUUAGUUAAUGAAGGCAAAAAUGUCGGAGACCGAACAUCAGCAUACGUCAUAGACCUAAUGACGAGGAAUGGAUGCAGCUUGAUUUUUGGGAAACUUGGUCCCACAUGGAAAAGCCAGAGAAAAAUGGUACACUCAGCUUUGCGGUUUUAUAGUGGAGGCUCGGCGGAUGUCGAAAAUUUGAUUAUUAAGGAGGCUAAUGAGCUUAAUGAAAUUUUAAGAUCAACCAAAGGCACAGCAAUAGAUCCAAAACUUCCAUUAACUUUGUGUGUGAUGAACGUCAUUUGUUCGCUUGUGUAUGGAAAGAGGUACGAGUUAGACGACAAGGAAUUUCAUCAAAUCGUCACGAAUACCGAAGCUCUUGCUAAGCUAGCCUCGCCGGAAAAUCCACUAAUACUAUUGCCAUGGCUACGGCAUUUUCCAAUCAAAACUGUUAAACGAAUGAAUGAAAUUAUCAAGGAAAGAGAUCGGAUCGUAAAAGAGAAAAUCGAUGACCACAGGCGAAGCUAUAGAAGUGGGGUGACAAGGGAUCUGACAGAUACUAUUCUAAAAUGUAUGGAAGACGAGAACAACAAUGGCCUCCUUACAGACGAUCAUCUGCACAUGGCAGUCAGUGAUGUUUUCCUGGCUGGGUUUGAAACAACAACCACUGCGCUUCGCUGGAUUUUACUUUAUCUUAUUCUCUACCCAGAAGUCCAAGCAAAAAUCCACCAAGAGCUUGAUGAAGUAGUAGGUAGUGAUCAGGCCCCUUGGUUAGAGCACAAGGAGAGGUUGCCUUACCUUCAGGCAACUAUCAAUGAAGUCAUGCGCAUUAGUCCCGUCUUUCCCAUCAUCCGUCGUAAAGCAAUCGGAGACUUCAAGAUAGAUGGCUAUGACAUUAACAAGGGAUCUUUUGUUUAUGUUAAUUUAUGGGCAAUACAUCAUGACCCUGAAGAAUGGGACAGUCCCUACGAAUUCAGGCCCGAAAGGUUCCUAAAGGAUCCGGAGAAGAGUCAGAAUAUGUUCCCUUUUGGUGCUGGCACUCGAGUCUGCAUAGGGAAAUCUCUUGCAAAGUCAGAAUUAUUUCUGAUAGUUUCUCGUCUGCUACAUGAGUUUGAGUUAACUCUUCCUCCAGGAUCUAUGCGUCCAGACCCAACUGGUCUUACAAGUACCGUCUAUUGGCCAAAACCCUUUCAAGUGUGUGCCGUCAAGCGCUUUCAGAAUUUUAAUAAUGUAGAGUUGUGCUAACAAAGCUGUACAAUAUAGUCCCUUAUCUUUUCUUAUUCGAUAAAUACCGCUGUGUUUUAUGACUAAACCUCAUUUGGACAGGUUUAGGGCGAGUACAGACGUCGAACUUCACAUGAACCGAACCUAAUGACAUCAAAAGUAAACCGCAUUAUUUAUUGUUUCAAGUGAAGUUCGACCUUGCUUAAGAGCGAAUCCUUUGCAAAAGUCAACUGUAAUGUAAAGAAUGUGCAACUUGAACAAUACCAACGUUUUGAAAUUCCACGGGCUUUUAAUGAUAUCCGUGAAUAGCUGACUAAUAAACGAGGCUAAACCUGUACAAAUGAGACUGUGGUCUUCAAAAACAGAGGUAUCCAUCUAAUUUAUAUUAAAAACGAAACUGGUGUAUUGUUAUGACAACCACCACGUGCAGCGUCACCUUAGGAAUGAAUAAAAAAUGUCACUAUUAGUUUUGAAAAAAGAAGGAAGAAAGAGGUUUUUCUCCAGUUUUUUUCUCAGAUUUAUCCUAAAACUUUCAAGUUACUGGGUAGCUUUGUUUUUCAAAAAUGAAGCUCGCGGCCAGUAGAAUUAAUCGUUGAGUAAUACAAGGAAAUUUAGCCGAGCGUAUGCUAUCCGCAUUGAACAGUUUUCGUAUGACUGUGAAAAUCUCGGUACCGUCAUGUUUUGUGUAAUUUUGAUUGGCUGAUGUUUUUCUUGCGCAAUGUGAUUGGUCUAGCAGAACGUUGACUGUGUCCCGGCGUGUGUUCAUGCGCUAUGUUCAAUUCUACUGCAAUGUGAGUGGUUUCGCGUACGCCUUGCCAUGUGACGACAUGUGCUGCGAGCUUUUCGCUGUCAUACGAAAAACUAAUCUAAAAAAUGGCUGUAUUAAGCCCACUUUACACUGGCGAUUUUUGCGACGAUUUUGUGGCAAUUUUCGUAAAUAUGAAAUCUUUUGUCUCAUCCUUCAAAAGAGACAUUCGUCUAGGAAAAUCUUGGUAUCCUG